CCUUUUUUCCCCCCCCCUUUGAACUUUUUUUUUUAAAAAUUGUUUAACAAGUAGUAGUUUCUGCAAUGCCAAAAAACACGGAGGAGAAUAGUCAAAAGUCGAUAAAACGAACCAAUGAAUCUUCUAUUGAUUUGGAAAGCAAAGAAGCCAAGUUAGCCAAAAAGCUGAAGAGCUUGGAAUCAAGAUCUCUCGCGUCUGUUACCAUUCCAUAUACAAAUGUACCCGGAAACAAUAAAAUCAAUAGCAAGCAACCAUUACCUUCACCUACUACGACAGUUGACACAGAGAAGGUCUCGGUGUGCCAAGAUCAAGAAACAUCAAUCGAAACGAACAAUAUCACAACUGAAAAAACUACAUUAAUGGAUACAGAGGCAGUAAUGGACCAUGAUACUACGACUUUUAUUAGCUCGACAUCAACAACCAAAACAAAAACGAUAGACAAUCAACAAUCCAUUAGGACUAUGGUAUCGCAAGAUCAAGAAACAUCCAAAGAGACAACAGAUACAGUGCCAACAAUUGAUGAUAAGAAACCUGUUAGUGCCAUGGCUGCUCGAAGGGCGAAGAAAUUGGAACUAGAAGCUCGUUCAACGGCAGCAACAUUGGACACCACUAGUACUACUGCAUCUCCUCCAUCUCCUACUCCUGCGACUACAACGACAAGUACCACAGAUCCUUCACAACCAGAACGACCUCUUAGCGCCUUGGCGGCUCGACGUGCGAAAAAAGUGGCAACAGAUGAAACAAGCAUACCAUCAUCACCAGUUGACGAUCUACCUAAAUCAACGAUUACUCCUGAUCGAGUUAUGAAUAGCUUAUUCAGGGAAACAGAAACUGAAGCAGAAAGCGAUCUCGAAUAUUUAAGUGCUGAAGCAGAUUUCGAUAUGGAUGAUGAUGAUGAUGACGAUCAAAAAUUGGAAAUAAUGUCUACACCUCCCACUAUCAGCGAUAGCGAAUACAAAGAUACUAACGACAAGGAAGAUAUGACAAAAAUAAAAGAAGCUAAACGACUUGCCAAAUUGGAAGAAAAACUUGCCAAUAUGUUGGUUGAUCCAUACUCUGUCUCCACUUUUGAUUCUGAAAAUGUGGUUGCUUUUGAACAUAAUGGGGAAACAUGUUUUUGUAUUGGCUUCAAAAAGAAUCAGGUAAUAAUAUAUUAUUAUAAUAAUAAUAAUAAAAUAAUAAAAAAAAGGAGGACGGAAUGAUUGAUAUAUUUGUAUAGAAUCUUGUUUUUCUUGGAUACGCUUUAAUUGGUACACUUUUUGGAUCAAUACAAAUCAAUGGAGCUACAAUUUCUUCUAGUCUCGACCGACCACAAAGUUUGGAUCGACCUUUGGACCCCUGGCGAAAUGUCUCCUUCUUCCCUGUAUUUUCACCCAAAAGCGCAGCUUUGAUGACUGUACAAUCUAUUGCCUACGAAAGAACAAUGGUUACUUCACCAUCAACAACAUUUGAUUCAACAUUUUCAGAUCUUGGAAAUAUUUUGGAACCAUUACGAUCAUCCUGGAACUCGUUUGAAUCUGUGAUUAUCGUUAAAGAUUUGUCUUGGUGUGGUAUCGAAGAU